AUAAAUGGAACGCAGGUGCACGACCAACGUAGUCAACCGGUUGCUCGAAGCUCGAAGCUCGAAGCUCAUCUCGUUGCUCGCCUCGGAAAGCUUCGAAUUUGUUAUCGAGCUGAGUCGCUACGUCCAAGCUGCGCGCUGCGAGGCACGGGCAGGCAUCAAUCAUGGUGUCUCGGGCUCAGAUCGGCCUGGCUCUGGCGCUGGGCUUGCUCGCUCUCGUGAGCACUGCGGAGGGCGGAGUUCUGUUCUCGAAUCUCACUCGAACACUGGCCGUCGAGGCGACGAUUCAGUCGACGAAUUCCACCACGGGCGUCGCUCAUGUGGGUUCCGACCACCUGGUCGUGUCUUGGGCUCUGAAUUCGUCCCUGGCCGACUCCGGCCUCGAUGCCAAGUACGUGAAUGUCAAUAUCAAGCUGUGCUACGCUCCCGUGAGCCAGACGGACCGCGGCUGGAGGAAGACGAAUAACGAUCUCCACAAGGACAAGACCUGCGGCAAAGGAAUUGGCUCGCAGAAGUACGUGCCCGGUGGCAACACCACCAACUGGAGAAUCACCAAAGACGUCCCCGGAGCUAUCUACUUCGUGCGCGUGUACGCUGUCGAUGCGGACGGUGUUCAGCUGGGUUUCGGUCAGACCACCAACGCUGCCAAGAGCAGUAACUUGAUCGAGAUUCUGCCGAUUUCAGGUCGCCAUGCGUCGAUCGACGUGGCCUCUGCCAUCUUCUCUGUUUUCUCUGUUGGAUCAUUGAUCAGCUUCUUGGGCGUGGAGGCCAUCAGGAGUAAGAAGGCUGCGAACGCGAGGGCCGGAAAGUAGAGAGCGGUUGCACACUCUUCCGCUUGCGCAGCGGAGACCUGCCGACAUGACCCUUUGCUGUUCGCCAGAUUCGCCCUCAUCGUGAUAUACAUGUAUGGCUGAUUGUCGACAGACUUCACUCCUUGUGAACUGUUUGUGGCUUCAAUCAGGAGGGGCUGUGGGCUCGUAGCUCCCCGAGGCGUAAGGAUCUGGCCGCUCGCAUUAGCCAGUGCUUAGAGGAAUCAAGAUCAUUGUAUAAUAGAGAACUCCGACCCAUCUGAAGGCAGGGCCGUGUCUGAGACGUGGACACAUGCUCCACAGGUUAUAUAGAUACAGAGUUGUGUUGGCUUGUAAACAUAUGUUAUAAGAUAUGGCUAUAGAGGCCGUCGAUACUCGACGGAAAACAAAUUUUUACAGUAGUGUGGAGAUUUUCCAGGGCUUGUAAGUUAAGCUCCCCCGAACCCCAGUGCAUCGCCCUGAUCUUAUCUGGAGGGUUCUCGUAGUCUUGCAGUUCGGAAAUAUCCUGUGGUCUCUGAGUUGUUAGCAGGAUUACUAGACGUUGUAUAGCUGGUGCUCGAGUGGGCUCUCGUUUCCAAAUCUGGCGUCAUGGGCGCCCUGGCUGUACAACAUCGCUUAUAGUACAAAAUUUCUGACCUUCUCUCAGAGCUC